ACGAGAUAUGUUUAUAAUUUUUAAUAACAUUCGAAGAAAUUGGAUUUUUGCCUCAAUUAUUUUAAGCAAACAAAUAUAUUAUGGAAACCUUUAAAAAAACAAAAAAUUUAAAAUCUAACAUCUUAACUCAUAAUGGUUUAAUCAGCAGGGCUUAUGAAUCUGAAGAAAAUUCUUACAAUGAAAGCAGUAAUGUUUUUGAUGAAAUAGAGAAUAAAUGAAAAUCAAUAUGUAGUGAGGCAUUAUUAUUACAGACUGUUCCUAUCCUUCUGCAAGGGAGUUCAAUGGAAGGUAGCUCACUGGCACGAUUAGCUAAUCCAUUUUUAAAAGACAUUUUUGAGUUUGAAAUUGAUCUAAAUAUUGUUAUUGGGACAGUGAGUCAAGUGCAGUUUGAAUCUUGCUACGAACCAGUGGGUCGGAAUAAAGCUUUUUUUCGCUAUGUUAUUAAAAACAGUUUGGCUAAUGAUAUCAAUAUAUGUAUACGAUUGCCAGAAGAUAUUGAGCAAAAACUUAUCGCUUUUAUCUCUAAUUCUUCUGAUUCGUUCCUAGAUAAAAAAUGUUUGUCUGGUAUAGUUUUUAAAGAGUUUUUUCAUAGUAGACAACCUACAACAAACAAUCCACUUAAAAGAAUAAGCGUGAGAGGAAUUAAAGGAAUUUUUAGUGAAACGUUGAAAAAGACAAUUGAAGGUUGUUCAGCUUUUUUAAAAUUCAGUACGGAAAAUCUUUCUAAAGAAGAUGUAAUAAUGAGUCUAACUGAGUUAGUCAACUUAGCUAAACAAAAGGUUUUCAAUUUAAAUAGACAGUUUAAUGAAUUUGAGGAAGUUGAUUACAAUACUAUAAGAACACUUCCUCAAUAUUUGAAUGAGGUCGAUAAACUUCAAAUUAUUCUGAUAAAAAGAAAAAGUAAUUUUCCUGAUUUAAAAGACCAAACUUUUUCUUACAAAGAAAUAAGUAUUAUCAAUAAAAAUAAUCAAUUAGAAUUAAUGUCUUCUUUGAUUACUAAUGAAAAUCCAUUAACAUACAAGGAUGAGAAUAUUAACGAGUGUAAAAACAAUUUAACACAUCAAAUUACUAACAUUUCAAAUACUAUAAAUGAAUGGGUGAAGUGUUUAACUGUGCUUAUGGAGUUACACAACGAGUUAUAUAAGUUUUGUUUGGAUAUGAAAUCUAUUCUUCCAGAGCAUUUUGAGACAUUUUUCAAAAAUGUUUCUUGUUUAUUUCCUGAUUUUUAUUAUAAAAUUUAUUUUGAAGAUUUUAUAAGUACAUGGUCACAAAACAAGAGCCACAUGGAGGAAAACUUAUUAAUGGCGAAUUUAAUUUGUCGUGCUACACAUCUAGGUUUAAGUAACGUAGCUAUUUUGAAAAAAACUUUUAGUGAAUUCAUUGAACCCGAACUAAAUAUUGCAAUUAGUUUAAUAGAAGAAAGUUUACUUUUAUCAAAAAAUGACUUUAUUUCAACUGAAAUUCUUAUUGAUAAUAUUCCAUGCUUUUAUGCGCCUUUUUGGCCUGACGCUGCCUCCUCCUUGGUUACACGCAAUAGAUUUAGGCCGGACUCACAACUUGUAGGAUCAAUUUACAAAAAUGGUUUCCAUAUUGUGCCAAAAUCUUUACCAGAAGGUGACGAGAGAUUGGAAUGGCGGUUGUCUUUUUCUGCAGCAGAAUCUGUUUUGAGUCUCCAUCGAACUGAGAAACAAAACUACAUUUACUUUCUUUUCAAGUCAUUGUUUUACCAAUAUGUAAAAACAUACAGUCAUGAAAAGUUGUUACCCACGUAUAUAUGCAAAACAGUAAUGAUGUGGACUUGUGAACAACAGCCGCAGUCAUGGUGGGAAAAAGUAUCAUGUGAGAAUGGAGUUUUAUUCUUGAUAAAAGAGUUAGUUAAAGGUAUUAAAAAAAAAGUUAUAAAACAUUACUUUAUCGAAAAAUUGAAUUUAUUAGAACACUUUUCAUCGUCUAUUUUCAUUUUUACUGAGUUAAGCUUGUUUAGUUUAGAAAAGAAUUUUGUUGAAAAGCUAAAUAUCUUAUUGGUAAAAAUGAGUACAGGAAUAAAUAUUGUUCAAGCCCAUUUAAAUGAGAAGCACAUCACAUCUUUUGAUCUAUCUGUACCUUUUGUUUAUGAACAAAACUGUUUAACGAAGUCGAAAUUUUUAUUGAAAAAUUCUAUUAAAUUAUUUACUUAUAGUUAUUUUUUCAAAUGUUUCUGUAUUUACGAAGAAAUCUCAAGAACAAAAGGAGAACUCACUAUUCGAGCCCAAUAUGUUGACCUUAUUACAAAAUCAUUGCAGUUUCAAGAUAAUGAAGAAGUGAGAGAGUUGCACUUAACACAUUUAAAAAAAAUUAGUUACUUGGUGUGUCGAAUUACAGCAUUGGAUAGAACAGUAUCUUGUUUUUUUUCGGGUUUAAAAUCAUUAGUUCUUCUAAGCUGUACUAAGUGUGACGUUUGCAAUGCAAACAUCAGGUGCGAUUCUAAACGUUAUUCCUGCUCUUUAUGUGCAGCUGCUGGUGGUUUUGAUGUAUAUAUAGAUUGUAUUAAUAACAGAAAAGAUAUAUUUCAAUGGGUUAAUAUACAUCAGGAUCAAGUAGAUGAUAAUAAACAAAAUGUUACUCAUGAAGAUACCUUAUAUAAAACAAGUGAUGAAUCACUUGGUUUGAAUUGUACUAGAAAUAAACAAACUUAUAAUGUAUUAGAACAAAAAAAUAAAGAUAUUCUUUUUCCUGAUUUAAUUUCUCAAGCUAAGAAUAUACAAGUUAUCCUUCCUCAAUUUGAUUUUGGAAAAUUUAACAAUUUUCCUGAAACCUGCACUUAUGAAACAAAGUUAAAAUUUGCUUUCCUUGAAUUAAAACAGCAAUUCGAUGACAGAGUUGACAUUCUUUCAAGAGAUUUUGAACAUUCGUUUGAAUGCGCAACAAAACCAGUUUCGUUUACGAAAAAUAUGUGCACUAAGUUUAUCGAUAAAAUUGAAAAUAAUUUUAUGCAGAAUUCUGUAUCUAUUUUAAACAAAUGUAAAUUUGGUAAUGAAAUCCAUGAACUUAAUUUGAAAUAUUGUGAUUCACCUAGAUGCCCAUCAUUGUUUUGCGACCCUCCUUCCGAUCUAACUUACUGGAAAUUAGUAUUAGAGUCACAAAUUGACUGUGCAAAUAACUAUUACAAACUUGCACAGAACUGUGUUCCUUUAGAACGUAUUAUUAGUUUACGUCAUGAAUUACCCGGAGAAAUUGUUAGAACAACUGGAUUUUUUAAUAAUCUACUUUUAGAAAAUGUAAAUACAUCUGAUCUCACUAGUAGACCUUUUGAAAACGAAUUUUCUGCUGAAGUUUUAUCAGAUGAAACAGAGAUGUUGAAUAAAAAAUUCACUGAAUUUAUUAAAUCUUUAAAAACGGAAGAGAAAUUGAUUUUAAAUUUAAAUUGGUUGAUUAAUAUAAUUAAACAUGAUGAAACUUAGUUACAAUAGCUCAAAAGAUUGUGUGCUUUCCCUCUUUUUGUGUUCCUAAAUAUAUAAUGUACAAACUUAUUUUAAAUGUUAUUAUUUCGAAAUUAGCUAAAAUUAAAAUUUUUUAUCACAAAUUUUAAAGAA